AUGAAACAAACCAAAGUAUGCUUGAAGGCGGCUGAUGCUGUACUUAUAACGCUUGUGGCGGGCAUUUGCAACGCCCUGCCGACAGUACUCAAUGGUGUCACCGGCUCAAAUCUACAUAUCCCAUUUUCUAUCGCAUCUCGUGCCAGCUUCGAUCACUGGCUCAGCUACUUCGCCAUUGUGAGUAGAGAUAUCUUGGCCAUGUUCUGGUUCGGCGUACAGACAGCCAAUGGAGGUAUACUGUUCACAGACUACUGGCUAGUCAAGCACACGAAGUACGACAUGCCGGCUUUGUACGACCCAAAAGACAUCUACAGAUAUGGUCGCUAUGGCACAAACUGGCACGUUGCCGUUGCCACGUUCGUUAUCAUCAUCCCUCUACUGCCAGGGUUGGCUAACAAAGUCAACCCGGAUCUGAAGCUCCCCGCUGGCCUGCGGAACCUCUUCACGUUUAAUUGGCUGUACAAUUUCUUUCUGUCCAUUUUCUUGUCUUGCUUUUGCAACCACUUCUUCCCAGCUGAGUAG